AUCGCCCCGACUGUUGCGGGCAAUUUAUUUAGGCACUAUUGGCAGCCUUGCGUGAGUGGAGGAGGCUGGUCAGGCUGGGGGCUGGACAAACGCUGCAAACAAUUUCCUGUCCACCAAGUUUCAGGUGCUUAGUAGGCUUACUAACCUGCCUUAGCCGGCGCUUUCCUUGUUUGAUUCUUCUCCCGUUGUAACCUCAUCUCUGUAUCACUUUCACGUCUCCUUCUUUAAUCUUCUGGACGGAAGCGCAUCCAAAAUCACAAUAUCGUUCUCAAUUCUAUCAUGGCGCCACCCAUUGAGUACGCAGGCGAGGAUGAACCAACAGCCUUACCUUUCAAAACCGGAGGUCCGCUCCGAAGGAACCAAGAGUACCUGGUUUUUUACCUCUUCGCCAUCCCGGCAUGGGCCCUGGCGAUAACGUCUGCGUGUCUGGGAUCGCUCUAUGGAGGACAAAGUCAUUAUUUUAUCGCCACAGUCACGCCAUUUCUCGCCAUGUACAGCAUGGCUUUCAUCCAGACGUGCUGGUUGAUGGCGACGGCACCGCGCAACACGGUUGCGGAUCGGAGAGCCUAUCUCAAUCUCGCCUGUAGAUUCGAAAGACUCUGUGCUCCUAUUGCACUUAUUGGCAUGGUUACCUGGGCUGUCGCAUAUCGCUUUCGUUCCAAAGCUUCGAGUCCAGCAUACUGGAUCAUUUGGCUGGUUGUCUGGAUCCUGAGUAUAGUCGUUUGCAUCAUGAACGUGUACAACAACAUCAGUUGGGAAAGCGAUCUGUUAUAUCAGAUUGCACCCGACUACCCUCAGGGUAAUUACUGGCUGGGAGUAUUCGGCAUCCAGUAUAUAUGUCGAGCCAAGAUUGUUGACCACGGGAAGGAAGGUUAUGAGAUGGAAGAGCCAGCCAACCAAAGGGUAUGAUGGUAGAAAUAGUUGUUCUCUUCGUAUAUCGAGACUUCCCUACACUUGAUUAAUACCACAAAUGUCCAUCAUGCGUAUUGGAAUCUAUCCGACAGGCAGCGAAUUUCCAUUGAAGGAGCCUCUCGUACUCACCCAGCAUACAGAAACUUGAAAA